CCUGGCUACUCUAUCGGCGGGAGAUGUGGCAACACAGCCACACUGUCAAAUUCCAGUAAUUAUUGUCCUCUGCUGUUGUUAAAUUACAAACCGAUUUUCCGCUUUUGCAUAUAAACCUAGCAUAUAUUUGCCCGAUCCGAGACUUGGCGGUGAUCCGUAAAAAACACUUCGGUAUUUCCCGCUAUCUGAGCAGUAAAAACGUGUCCGGAAAAUUGAAAGGCCAGCAGCAGCGAGUGCGAGCGAGAGAGCAGGUGACAGCGACACCGACAAAAUUCCCCCUCCUCUCCGCCCCUUUUUGACUGUUUUUUUGCACGGCACGGGAAAAACCGAAGGAAAAGUGUGAUUUUCGAGAGAUUUUGCGCCGCAGUCCAGCCGGAAAAUGCUAAUAAACCUUAAGGUGAAGACCUUAGAUGCGCGCACCCACGAAUUCAGCAUCGACAAUGAGCUCACGAUACGCCAGUUCAAGGACCAAAUAGCCGAGAAGACCAACAUUGCGGCGGAGAACCAGCGUAUCAUCUACCAGGGUCGCGUUCUGGCCGAUGACAAGCAGGUGAAGGAGUACGAUGUCGAUGGCAAGGUGCUCCAUGUGGCCGAACGUCCGCCCUUCUCUCAACGUGGUGCCAACUCCCGGAACAAUGAUGAGCCCAUGCGCCCCUUCCGGAAUGUGGCGCGUCCUGCGCCGCCCGGAAUGCGCACUUCUCCGUACUUCCGCGCCCUCGAUGGCAUGCUGGUCGGCACCAUGGCCAUUCCCGUGAACAAUGGCCCAGUGGCUGGGGUAAGUUUCAGUGGUAGAUCUUCCACAGACGGUUUUAGUAACCCCUUUUUGAACUUUCAGACCCGCACUCCCCCGAAUCGCUAUCCCAACUCCUCGUCCUUCUGCGUCAACCGCAUCACCGUGGCCCUGCACAUGAUCGAUUGCGCCGACAAUAUAGCCGCCUAUCUGGAGAAUCCCGCCGUGGGUCUAAACAAUCAAUCCCUGGACAUACUGCAACGUGGUCGCUGGUCCAUGGAGUCCACCGUCGUCGAGGUGGGCGUCUCCUCGACAGAUCUGCCGCGCAACAACAACAUUAUUGACAUGGUCCAGGAUGCUGUGACCGCUGCUCUUUCGCGGACUGGAGCCCGCAACUAUACGGUGGUGCAACUGCCCACUGUUUACACCAAUGAGAAUGGGGAGACCAGCGAGCAACGGGCGGGAGAGGCUGCCAGUAGCGAGGGAGCAGCCACCGGAACCGCCAGCGAUGCCAGUGGUGAGACCACUGCGGCCACUGUGAUCAUUGAGGAUGUGAUCGAAACAGACGACGAGGCCGCCGAUGGAGCCUCAGACCGCUCGGCCACCCCCACUCCAGAGACAGAGGCGGAAGGAGCAGUGGGUGGCCAGCCGGCGGCUGCUGCCGCUGAUGCUGACACUCCCAGCUCCUCCAAUGGGGCGGCAAAUGAUGCUGCAGCUGGCGGUGAGGGAGGAAACAACUCGGGACCCAGAAGGCGCACUCGUCCCCAGGUUCUGGCCCAGGUUAUACAGCACUAUCGCGGCGUGCAAACGCGUUUGGCGCCCUUCGUGGAUCGCUACUAUGAGAUUCUCCAAAACGAUCCCACCUUCGAGGAGAAUGACACCGCUGGACGUGCGAAUGCCCAGCGCAUUUUCGACCGCGUAUCGGAGGCUUUUCACUACCUCUCGCAUGCCCAGCAUGCCAUUUCCGAUUUGAUGCUGGACUUGUCACAGCCCGGCCCGCGUGUGCUGACCUGCCGACCCAUUCUCGUCGAGCAGAGCGGCUACAUACGCUCCAACAAUAUUUUCACGCCCAACUUUUUAACAAUGCCACCGGCUGUCCUCAACGACCCUAUCCGUGCCUUUUCUGCUGCUGCUGCGGCUGUCACUCAAACGCCCACAUCGGCAGCCACCCCAAAUGCUGUGCAGGCGGCCACCGACGCCAGCCGAAGUGCGGCGGCCAUGGCGGAGAUUGCCAGUCGGGCUGCUGGAGCCGCUGCAGAGAUGGCCGCCGGAGCUGCCAGUGCAGCAGCCGCAGCUGCUCGCGGUUUGGUCAGCGACCACGUGGAGGACCCCGUCGACGAGCCCAUGGUGGCGCCGAAUUCAACUGGCGCUGGUCAGCAAGCUCAGCAGCAACCACGACUCGAAAUGGAUCACGAUCACGAUCAAGAUGAUCAAAAUGAAGCUCCCGAAAGAGAGCCCCGAGCAGCGCCUAGGCUGCGUGUCUAUGUGCCAGUGACCUUGCCUCCGCCCAAUCCCCAACAGGAGAUGGCUCGUAUAAUUCAGGCAGUGGUCAACAGGGCCACCAACGAAGCAAGCGAUCUUCAUGUGGAGUUCAAUUCGCCCAACGUUAUGUCGAUUAAUUUGCCUGUGCAUGUGAUGACCGCGGCAGUGCGUCAGGAACCCACUCCUGGAGCUGCAGAAGGCUCAGCACCUUCGGCGCCGGCUGCUGAGGAAUCUCCCGAAAGUGCUCCUGCAGCUGGCAGUGAAGAUUCGCCGACAGCAGCUUCCACUUCGAGCGGAACACGCAGUGGGGACCAGAGGGCCAACACCUUACCCACCACGGCCACGCAAACGCGGUCGACAUCCAGACCCCAGAUUCAGAUUGGCGGAAACAACAACUGGGGUGGACGCAUUGCUCCGACGCACACUGCUUUCGAUCGCUUCCUGCCUUGCAAUAGUCAUCACAUUCGGGAGCCAGAGCCGCUGCCCCACCACAACAACAACAUCAGUGGUGCAGCCAAUAUGCGCAGCACGAGCAUCGCGCCUGCAGGAGGAGCAACCGUCGUCUCGCCCACAUCCGCCAUAGGAACUCGUCCUGUCACCUCUGGUCGCAUCCAGCGCGGCAGUGCCUCCGUCCGUCCAAUGUGGUCGUCGCGUCGCCAGCGUCCCGCCAGCGAGCAACUGAACAGCCUUCGGCCGGCAGCCUGGGCGCAGGCGCAGACCCAGACCCAGACGCCCCAUGUCCAAGGCGGUGGCACCACCAAUGGGGUCGGAGCCGGAGCCGCGAGAGUGCGGCCCACGGAAAGAUCGGCCAUUAGUCGCGAUAGGCUGGCGGCUCGAACGGCCCUCGUUGGUGGUGGCAGCACCAACGGAGGCCUGCCCUCCGCCCGGCGGGUGCGACUCCAGACCGCCACCAGGAGCCUGUCCAGACAAUUCCCCCUAUACACUAAUUUUUUGCUUAAUAAUCUGAGAAAUAAUGCGCAAACAGCUCCGGCAGGCAGCGCCGUCGCCGCCGUUGGAGGUUCGGGCGGCGCCACAGCAUCAGUUGCACCAGGAGGAGCUGUCACAGUUGCGUUGGCCACCGCAGCUGCUCCACCACAAGCGGUUCCAGCCACUCCAGCCCACACUGGCGGUCAGUCGAGCAACCUUCGCUCUCAGCUGCGCAGCUUCCUCAACGACAGCCUUUUCGCCGGAGUGCCAAUCAACGAACAGACGAUCCCAGGGGCCAUAGGUCGUGCCCUGGAGUGGUUCGGCGAGAGCCUGGUCUAUCUGCCGCAGUACGAGCGGCCGGAGUACAACUCCCGCGACUCCGUUUGCAACAUCCUGCGCGUCAGCCUCCGCCUGAUCAUCGAGCUGUGCAGUGCGGCUCCCGGCGGAACGGACAGUGCCCAGUUCGAGCAGACCCUCAAGCAGAUCUGCGACCAGUUCCGCAAGCGCCUCUACAGCGUCCUCUUCCUGUGCCUGGGCAGCGCCAAUGCGGAGCUCUACUGGCGCCAGCUGAUGCGCCUCCUAUGCGCACCCAUGCGAUCCAAUUUCCACAACGAAGCCCUGCAGUUCUUGUGCAUCUACAUAGACCCCACGAUUCCCGCACAGACGGACACUGUGGAUGCCCAACAGUUCCUGGUCCUGCGCAGCGUUCAGGCAGUCCCUCCCACACAGCAGCAGCCGCAAUCGCAAACGCAAACUCUGGACUUGGAUGUGGAGAUGGCUGAAUUGGCUACCAGCAGCAGCAGCAGCAGCUCACCCGCAUCCCAAAUGCCCUCCGUAGUUGUGGGUUCGGAGCCCUGGCACAUGAGUUUCCCCAAUGACUGGUUGCCUGUGAUAACGCGCGACCUGCAGACCCAGACUGAGCAGAAUAGCCGACCCCAGCCACCCUUCUCCGAUGCCUACAUCUCCGGAAUGUCCGCCAAACGGCGCAAGAUUAUCCAGUCGGAGAAGCCGACGGCGAGCGUGGAGUGCCUCAUCGCCAACGGAGUGCAGCGGGCCAUCCAUGGCGCCGGCUUGGGGGGAACCGGUGGUGGUGGUGCCUCCAGUUCCUCGAUCAGCACCGAUGCCGUAAUCGGAUCCAUUGCCCACGAUGCCGCCAUUCAGGCCUCCUACACAGAUGCGGUGCGGAACAGUCUAAAGGAGCGCAUUAAGCAGGAUGCGGACUUCAAGUCCAGCAAGUAUCCGCAGAUCGCCAAGUUCGCCGAGCAAAAGUAGACGGCGGUUGCAGCGAUGGAAGCCUGGCCACCUAGUGCUUGUUGUACAUUUUACUUUAAAGCAUUGUAUUUAAUUUAGUUAAUGGCUAAGUUCUGUUUAAAUCGAGAGGACGACGAAGAUUGCGACAACACCAACACACGGAGAGGACCUUUAGCAAAUGCUUCAAACUAUAUAGAAUAAUAAUAUCCAUCUGAUAUCUGUAUCCACACACACACACACAUACACUUUGGGACACGACAUGAAGUCCAAGCAAAAAACGCUUUUGGGGCUGCGAUAAAGGAGCAAAAUAAACAUACAUAUUAACCGAAACAAUGGUGAUCGGAAUCGGAUUGAAUGGAUUUGGAUGUGGAUGUGAAGAUGGGACCACACAACGCGCGGAAUGCUUUCAAUUGUCCCAAAUGGCGGUGGCGUCCCCGCGUCGCGUGACGUGGUGGAAAAGCAGACCAGAGCCGUGACGACAGCCGAAUUCCAAGUUCCCAGUUCCAGGGAAAUAUUUUGGCCGGCGCACAAAUCGGCAUUGACGUGAGCCGAUGGCACAUGAUUGCUGGAUGCUGGAUGGCCGAUGACGACCGAUGCGGAAUGUGCAGAGCAAGUCAAGUGGAUAGCCUGAUAGCCAGCAGCAUUACAGGAGGCAUAUCCACAUCACACCACCAUUUGACCAGCCCCACAACCAGCCACAAUCCAUCCCACACCAUUCAAAUCCAUCGUCAUCGCAUUCCGAAGCCUACGCUACCCGUGUUAUUGUUGUCGCCUGCAAUCGAAACACGAAAAGGUGUCACAUAAAAAUGUUGUGAAUAUUUAUGUGCAAAAAAAAAAAACAAA